UCCCCUCCAACCCUGGAGCUCCAGGACAGUUCCCCUUGAUGCCAGGUCAGUUUCCACCAGGUGGGGCACCCGUGCCAUACCCCGUUCCUGGACAGUUCCCCUCCCCACCUGGGGCUCCACAGGGCCCAUAUCCAAACGUGCCUUACCCACCUGGUCCAUCUGGGCCUGGCAUGUACAGCCCAGGAGGCCCUGGUGCCUUUCCACCAGAUGGAGGCCCGGGAUAUGGAGGAGGAAUGUUUCCCCCAGUUCCACCAGGGUCCUGGGGUACACCCGGAGGGGGCUUCCCUCCUCAACCUGGCCCGCCAGGAGGCUUCGGUCCAGGGCCCAUGGGACCAUACGGAGGGCCUGCAGCUCCAGGUGGAAUGCUGCCAUUGCCGUAUGAUCUUCCGCUACAUGCAGGGAUAAUGCCCCGUCUCCUGAUUACUAUAGUGGGUGAGCCAGUACCAGGAGGAAACAGGUUCCAUGUAGAUUUUGUGAGGGAGCAUGACGUGGUUUUCCAUUUCAACCCUCGUUUCCAUGAGAACACCAUCGUACGGAACACACAGCUUGGGGGCUGCUGGGGUCCUGAGGAAAGGGAGGGAGGCUUUCCCUUUGUGCAGGGCAGACAGUUUGAGCUGAAGAUCCUGGUGGAGACAGAUGGGUUUAAAGUGGCCAUGGAUGGCGUUCAUCUGCUGGAGUUUGAGCACAGAACAGGCGGGAUGGAGGAUGUCACUCGCCUGCACAUAGAGGGAGACCUCAUUCUGUUCAGUGCAGCCCCCAGCAUGAUCUAAAACCUACGGGCAUAGGAGCGAUUUGACAAUGUUGAGGUGACAUAUUAAGUCAUUGGUCCUUGAAAAGUAUAGAUUAUCUCCAAAAAAGUGUGCCAAACAGAAAUUUCUAAAAGUUAUAAUGAUAUAUUUGUUAUCUGCCUCUGCAGAUUAGUCAAACUCAAACACAUGAUCUAACAAAUGAAAUAUAGAUGUAGAGAAAGUUUCGGCCCCUCUGAGAGGUCACCAGGACACUGGUAUCGUUGAUAUAUCUAAAGCAAUAUAACUUUCUGUUUUUCCUUUCAGAAUGCAUUAUGCUAGUUACUCUUUAGCAUGUAAAACAAAUUUUGUAAAAACGAAAAGUGUACUGUUCCAAACACCUAUUGUAUUAGGAUGGUACAGUACCAAGGCCCAUGAGGGGUCAUAAACUCUAAUUCAGGAAACUGCAGACCAGAGCUGUGACACUGUGCUGAAUUACAUCAGAUCUGAAUGGCUGAAUAUUAUUUUAUUUAGUUAUGGAUAUUGGAAAAUGUUCAUUAUUUUCAAUAAAACCAUAUUAAUGAAACCAUUGUGAUAAUGGAGAUAAGCAAACAAUUAUGUCAGAAUAAAUGCUGUACUACCCCAAUUGAAA